AUGUCCUUGUCGAAAUUUCCGCUCUAUGAUAAAAAUGUGUUGCGAAAGAAUAGGCAGCCAUUGGUGAGAAUUAUUUCAUCGGUGCACUCAUCCUGUAUCGCAAGGGCGCAUUGCUUGCUCACUCAACCUGAAGAAACAAUUUGUCUGAGGGAUGAGGAAGUGGACUGUUCAUCAUCGGCUCGACCAACUUCGGUAGACACUUCGUCACCACCAUCUGAAUGA